AUGCCGAAACUGGACAAGAAAAGGGCUGAAGAGGCUAAUCGUAUGUGGGCCAGCGCGUCGUUUGUUGGCGUCCUUAUCAUCAUAGGCUUGCCAUUAUGGUGGAAGACCACUGAAGUGUACAGGGUGGCUCUUCCGUACGAUGAGAUUAACGCCUUCGAUACUGAUUCCCACUUCAUCACAACGGAGCUGGUAGUACUAGCCAAUGAUGAGAAGACUGCGGCUAAAAUCGCUGAGGAUAUUGCAAAGGCUUUCGAACAGACAGAUAUAAUAAAACUGAAGAUCAGACAUCAGAAGUUAUCGGACAAUCUUCAUCAGACCCUGGACAUGGUUGCUGAUGAACAGGAGGCUCUAGAAGAGGUUGCAGCGGCUGUUGACGUGACGAAACACAACACCUUCCACGUGGUACAAAGAAGACACCUCUUCCAAGAUGUAUGGAUAGGAGGAGACAGGGUAGCAUUCUUCAGGGACUUAAAAGCAUCAUCAACAUUAAUCCGGGCGCUGUCAUCGUGGGUUCUACAACCAUUAUUGUUGGAGGGCGCUCGUUCGUUAGCUGCUGAUGAUGCACGCCGCGUGCGGCUCCCUAGUGAGCAACACCUGGACCUGCUAAUGACUGUGGUGCACCCACGACCUCAAAACAUGAAGGUUGUGUUCGACGCUCCAGCUGUUCUAGAAGAUUACAUCGGUUCAUUUGUGGAUGAGUUGUCAUAUCUACACAAUUUCACACUCAAGUCACAAUGGCUGCAUCUCACGGAGUUCGACUUCCAGGCGAAACAGGUGUUGGGUCCAUCUGGCCCUGAGUGGUGGGUCAGUGUGGACCGUCUGCCGCUGCUCCUCACACAGCUGGACGGACGAGGGCUGGGAACUAUUCGUCUUGCAGCAUACAUACUGCCGUGUGACGUCACACCGCUUGUAUUACACGACAGAGGAAGUCGAAUAGAUGCCCCAGUACCAGCUUUUAUGUCACCUAAAUGGGGUGGUGUUGUAUUACUGAACCCAUCCCGCGAAGAAUGCUCCAAGGGACAGUACGUGGUGCCCGUGAACAUGUUAAUGGGAACCUUCAUCUCACAACUCAGGAAACUACUCGGCAUCACUGAUAAGGUCCCUAUUCCAGAGGCGUACCUACUUCCUCUCGACUCCGUCUCUCCUCGUCAUUGGGAAUUGGAUUCUCUCUUACGUCUGCGUACCCUGGAACAAGUCACCAGCGCGCAGAGGAGCUUGAAGUCUCUAGCCAAACUUCUGGGUGAGAUCCCGAAUAUCGUGAUAACGGAUAAAGUGGGAGGCUACAUCCAAUCAGCUGUUGAGCAUGCGCAUGAAGCCCGCGUAUACUGUGAACUUGGGUCUUUAGUGGAGGCUCACGAAAACGCGCGCUCCGCCAACGACGCCGCUGAGACCGCCUUCACGGAACCCAGUCUAUUGGCAUUGUUGUACUUCCCCGACGAUCAAAAAUACGCGAUUUACAUACCUUUGUUCCUGCCUAUUAUGUUUCCCGUGAUAUUGUCGUUGAAAAAUCUUAUUCUGUGGUUUAAGGGGAAACCGGUUGUUAAGGAGAAGACUGAUUAA